AUGGAUUAUUACAAAGUUUUGGACAUUCCCCAAAGUGCCUCCACGAAUGAUAUUAAACGAGCGUACCGGAGUAAAGUGCUCAGAUGGCAUCCAGAUAAGAAUCCGGAGAACAGAAAAGAAGCUGAGCAGAAAUUCAAGGAGAUUGUUGAAGCUUACAAAGUCCUUUCAGAUAAAAAUACUCGUAUCCAUGUGAUGGAAAUAGCAAAGAUACUCCAAAGGAACAAUGCUCCUAAAAGAUUCCAUCACUUUUCUAUCAUGACCGCUGUCAUCAAUGGCAAAAAGAUCACAACCAAAAGGCAUCUUGAGAAUGAAAGCAAGUACUUGGAAGUUGAAGAAAAUGGGAAGACAGUAUCUAUCCAUGUUAAUGGGAUUCCAGUUUAUGACAGAGAAUUUAAUGGAUCAGUAGGAAGCUUGGCUUCGGAUUGCAGGCUGGACAAGGGACGCUAUCGUCCACACAGGCGACGUUUCUGGACUUAUGAAAAACGGCAGUGGGCCGAUGAAUGGCGGCAGUGGGCAAGUGAGAAAAAUCCUCAGAUGGAUGAAGGGCGUCCUAAGUCAAGCAAGAGGCAACCCAAAGCAGAGGAAGGGAACAUUGUGCGAAAUGUUGAUAUUGCAAAGUCAGGGGAUGGACCUGCAAAUCAGGAUGAGGGACAUCACAGAACAAAAUAUGGGAAAGCCAAGGCUGAGACAGGUGAACCCCACUCUGAGAAACAAGAGCCACAGUCUGAAGGUAACAAGAGCCAUGCUGUGAACCUUGAAAAGAAAAAUCUAAAGGAUGACAAAUUGGAAGUGGAAGUCCAGAAAGAUGGGAUUCCAUUAGAGUCUGAAUCAGAGAAGAGAAUCAAACUAAUAUUCAAGAGAUAA